UUGGUCUUUGAAGCCAUUGCCACAUUCAUUGGUCAAGUUUCAGUCCUUUCCUUGAUUGCCAUUUUUGGUGCAGCCACUACAACAAUGGUGACAACUGCAAGAAAGGCAGUGACUUUAUUACUGUCAUACAUGAUAUUUACCAAGCCAUUGUCCGAGCAGCAUGGGACUGGACUUCUACUUAUAGCUAUGGGGAUCACCUUGAAACUCCUGCCAUUUGAUAUCAAACCAGUUUACAAAAGAGUCUCGACCUCAUCAUCUUCAUCUGCAAAUGGAAAAACUGGAAACUCUUUUACUGGUGAAAUUGAAGAGGAGAAAAACCCCAUGUUCUAA